CCACGGAGUCUACACUAGCUGGGAGCGCGGAGCGCUGCAGCUGGACGUGACCUUGCUGGCCGGCGGCGCCAUGAGCCACAGCCUGGACGCGGUGCGGAGCUUCCUGGAGCAGCUGGAGGCGCGGGGCGGCCGGGAGGGGGCGGUCCUCGCCGGCGAGUUCAGCGACAUCCGGGCCCACUCAGCCGCCUGGAAGACUGACGGCGUGCUCUCCACUGAUGCUGGUAGUCGACAAGAGAAUGUGAGGAAGAACCGCUACAAAGAUGUGCUGCCAUAUGAUCAGACACGAGUGAUCCUUUCCCUGCUCCAGGAAGAGGGACAUGGUGACUACAUCAAUGGCAACUUCAUCAGGGGCACAGAUGGAAGCCAGGCCUACAUCGCCACACAAGGACCCCUGCCUCACACCAUGCUAGACUUCUGGCGCCUCAUUUGGGAGUUUGGGGUCAAGGUAAUCCUGAUGGCCUGUCGGGAGACUGAGAACGGGCGGAAAAAGUGUGAGCGUUACUGGGCCCAAGAACAGGAGCCACUGCAGAUUGGGCCUUUCUGCAUCACUCUGAUAAAGGAGACCUGGCUGAAUGCAGACCUCACACUCAGGACCCUCCAGGUCACCUUCCAGAAGGAAGCCCGCUCUGUGUACCAGCUGCAGUAUAUGUCCUGGCCAGACAGAGGGGUCCCUAGCAAUCCCGACCAUGUGCUCGUUAUGGUGGAGGAAGCCCGUCGCCUCCAGGGAUCUGGCCCCAGCCCCCUCUGUGUCCACUGCAGUGCCGGCUGUGGGCGAACAGGUGUCCUGUGCAUUGUGGACUAUGUGAGGCAGUUGCUCCUGACCCAGAUGAUCCCACCUGACUUCAGCCUCUUCAAUGUGGUCCUCAACAUUCGGAGGCAGCGGCCAUCUGCUGUGCAGACAGAGGAGCAGUACAGGUUCCUGUACCACACAGUGGCUCAGAUGUUCCUUGCAGCCCUUCAAAACGCCAGCCCUCACUACCAGAACCUCAAGGAGAACUGUGCCCCGCUCUACGAUGAUGCCCUCUCCCUCCGGACUUCCCAGACCCUUUCUGCCAUGGCCCGCCCAUCCGGCGGGAUCCUCAGGAGCAUCUCGGUGCCCGGGCCCCCGGCCCUUGCCAUGGCCGACACGUACGCCGUGGUGCAAAAGCGCGCGGCCCCCGCGGGCACCGGGGCCGGGGCGGGCUCGCGGGCGCGCGGCGAGGAGGAGGCGCCUCUCUACAGCCAGGUGAUGUCACGCGCCCGGCGGCCGCAGGCACACGCGGAGGAAGCGCGCGGGGCGCUACCGGGCCGCGUUACUGCUGACCAAAACCCUGAUGGGCCCGGCGCCUAUGAGGACGUGGGGAAUGGAGCGCAGACCACUGGAUUAGGCUUCAACCUGCGUAUUGGAAGGCCUAAAGGACCCCGGGACCCCCCUGCGGAGUGGACCCGGGUGUGAGUGCUGCACCCCUGCCUGCCUAUUGCUCCAUAGAAGGGCCCGGACUGCUGAGAGCUCUGCUCUGCUCUUUGCAGUGUUGGGAAUGGAAAUGAUGGGCCGAAUCAAAAUAAAAGUUUCUCCCUGUUGGAAA